UCUCCCUCCCACACCAACAUCACAUCACAUCAUCACAACAAUAACAACUACACUCUCUCUUCUUUUCUUUUUUAUGCUUAAAACUGCAUCUUCUUACUUCUUCACUUUCAUCUUUUAAACACUCUCAAUGGAACCACACAAAGCAACUAACGCCAUUCGAACACACUUCGCCGCCAUUUCCAAAACCAUUCGCAUUUUCGAACUCUGCAUCUUACUUCUCCUUCUUUCCUGGACUCUCACGCGCCUCCCUCUCGCCGUUUCCAUUUCCGCCGACUACCUCCGCAAACUCGCCGCAAGUCCACUUUUCAUCUUCGCUGUUUCCAACGCAAUAAUCGCUACUCUUAUCGCACAGUCCGGCCGUUUUUCCACUCAAAACUCCGACGAUCUUUCCGGUGCCGGUAAACUCUACUCCGAGUUCAUCAAUAACCGCAUCGCCGUUUCAGAUCGCGAAUCAGUCACUGUCGAUUCUCCGCCGGUUGAGGAAGUUGCAGCGGAGGUGAAAUGCCAGGACAAGGAGGUUAUAUCUGAGAUCGUUUCGAUUCCGACGGUUUUAGAUCGGGAAGCUGCAGAUGGUUCCAAUUUUGCGAGUUUUCGUCGGAGUCAGUCGGAGAAGUGGAAGCGAGAGGCUGUGAAGAUGAAACAACGGAAACAGCUUCGGAGAUCGGAAACAGAGAAGCUUCGAGAAACUGAGAAAGAAAAUUUGUAUCCGCAGGAUAAGCUGAGUAAUGAGGAGUUUCAACGCACCAUUGAUGAGUUCAUUGCGAAGCAAAUGAGGUUUCUGCGAGAAGAUUCUUCCGCCAUUGUUGUUCACAAUACUAGUACUACUUCAUAGCUUGUAGUAGAUUUUGAAAUUGAAAAAAAAAAACGAUGAAAAUUCCAAAAUCCAUUUGAAAAAAAAAAGAAAAGAAAAAAAUUAAUCUAGAAGAGUUUAUGGUACUGUCUGUUUUUCUUCUGUUUCGUCUGCAGUGCACACUGUACAGUGUUAAUAUUUGUCCUAAAUCAUAUAAAAUGUCCCAUUUUCUUUAUAGUUUCUCACUCCUAGUGAAAUUGCUAUUAUUCGAGCUUAAUGG